AUGGCCUAUUCAGUUCUUUUGCUCGGUGCCACGAGCAGGGUCGGCCGCAAGACGCUGGAAGAAUUGGCUCAACACAGACGACACUUCUCCCGAGUCGCUUUUCUCCUUUCUCCUCCUGACACUGCUUCCGAGAAGCAAAUCGAGAACGGCCCGACGAUAGUGGAGCGUGUUUUUGGAAACCCAUCCGACCUCGACUCAUAUAAAGGCUUUCAGAUUGUCGUCUCAACUGUCGAAGAUGACGUUUGCACAAAACAGACGGAGUAUGCAGAGGCAGCAUUCGCUGGCGGCGUGAAACACUUGUAUUCUGCCGAGUACGGCCCCGACCUCAACCAUCCUGCUGUCAAAGACGAGCUGUACUUUGCCGGCAAGAUCGCCGUGCGGAAAUACAUUGAGGAACGUAUGCAGGCUGAUGCCUCUCUGGGGUUCACAUGCCUCAUGACCGGGGCCCUUUCGGACUUCCUCCUCGAAUCCAACAUCCUGGGGCUGAGCGAAGAUCAAAGAUCGGUCGUCUACUUGGGGAAUCCUGAUGCUCGAGUAUCGGUAACACACAGCGACGACGUCGCCAAACUCAUUGUCGCGAGUCUACUCCCACACCACCUGUCCGAACUCAAUCUCCGGAGGUACCUGUGCUUUGCUGCCUCAACACUACCCAGCCUGUCCCUCUUCGACGCCAUUUCCUACGUCCUCCGCCAUCCGAUCGACGUGACAUACGAGGACACUCUGUAUGCGUCGUCGUCGUCGUACAGAAAUGAGGAGCAGCAGAAAGCCCCACUGGGCAGUGACAUCCAACAGAGUUUCCGACGUAGUGUCGGGUUCGGAGGCUUCGAGCUGAAAGAACAAGACAUCGCCAACAGUGGCGCGAAAUUCCGGCACGAGGUCAAGGCGAAGACCUGGACGCAGGUGGUGCAUGAGUUCUUUACGAGCGCGGACCGGCAGACGGCACUGGUCAAGCCAUGA